GUCUAACGGAACGACAUUCCCGCUGCUAUCGCCUCAACUGCCGCGGGAGGGAGGGGAGAUUCAUCACACUGCACGAUACAGGUGCCGACCAUUCCCUGGUGUUCAUGGCCGUUGGAUUGGUCGUGCUUCCAUUGAUUAUUGGCGGAGAUCUAUCUCAGGGGAGUCAUCUUGUGAGGCUAUUGGCGGGCGUGUCGCGCUGGUCGGAUAGAACGCUCGGUUGAUGAGGUUGAGUGGGUGAUGGGUUGAUGAGUUGAUGGACGGAAUUAGAGAGUGAUCGCACCGGUGGAGGCGAAGAAGGAAGGCCUUGGGAGAUUGGGAGAGAGAGGUGAUAGAGUCAGGGGAGGGGGAAAGCAAAGGGAAGGUGGUGGGGGUAGAAGACGGGUGGCAAAAGAGAGGUGAGUGGGUGGCUGUCGUUCGUGCUUGCGCCGUAUACGGUGAGGUAGCAGAGAAGAAGAGGGGGGAGCGGAGAAUGGUGGUGCUCUUCCUGAGCAAAACACCAAUCACUGCGACCAAACGUAGGCGAGAGAGUUCCUUUCCUCGUUCAGGAGGGGAGGGCGAAGGGAGAAGGAGGUGGUGUUGUGUCUGACUAAGAAAGCCAACCAGACAGGAAGGAGACGGUGAGGGAGAGGAUUGGGAGUAGGUGGGCGGGUGGGAGUAGGUGUAGCGUGUAUGCGCUCGCGUUGGGACCGUAUCGCGAAUCUGACUACGAGAUGAUGGCGGAUGCAUUGAGGCUGGAGGUUAUCGGACGAGAGGGAGGAGGAGGGGUAAGCGGUGGUGCUUGCGGCUCUGGCAUGGGCGGCGGCGAUGACGACUCCCUGGACAUGGGGCCUCCGACUACCUCCAGUGGCGCUUGCGCUGGCAUGUCUGAUUCCAGUCUCACCCAGUACUUAGCGUCUUCGAAGAUGAAGAUCGAUGAACUGUUUAUUCAGUGGCUCUCUCUUCCUGAGUCUCAGAAGCUAGUUCUGUCGCUGCUUGAAGAUGCGCAGGCGGGAUUGCCGCUGGUGGGGCCAUCGGGAAGCACUUCGUCGGGGGGAUCGUCGGUGGGCGGAAGCGGACAUGGGGGAGCUGGGGUCGGGGCGUGCUCGCCUCUCUCCCCCUCCAGUUCCCAGAGUCUGUUCGCGGCAACGACUCCGCCGUUGUCCCCCCGCGGCAGCGGCGGAAGCCCCUUGUCUCCGAAAUCCCCCGCUCGGCGGAUGGGUAUGCCAUUUGUAGGCCCUUCGAUCUCGCCGAUGAAGAAGGCUGCGGACACGCGGCACUUCAUCCCGCAGUUCUAUUGGCCCGAGGGACCUCCGGCGGCCAAGGAAGCCAAAUCCCAGUGCGUCUCCAAGGCCAAUCAACUCUUUGCCGCCGGGAAUAACCCCAAUGGAUUGGGUAUGUCGGCCUUCGGCCCUGUGACGAGAGACGUCUGUCGUGUUCCCUCGUUCUUUAACGGCUGCUUGUUCAGAAAGGUGGACUCUGACAACACUGGAUUGGUCUCGAAAGACAAGUUCAUCCAAUUCUGGUGUGAAGGCACUCCUAAUUUGAUGAUGGCGGAUCUGCCGACACGUGUCUUCCACGUGUUGAAGCAGGCCGAUCGAAACUUCCUGGUGCAAGAUGAUUUCCGUCCGCUGCUCAGGGAGUUGCUGGCGACCCAUCCCGGCCUCGAGUUCUUGCACGAGACCCCGGAGUUCCAGGAGAGGUACGCGGAGACCGUAAUCUACCGAAUUUUUUAUCACGUCAACAGAUCAGGCAAUGGCAGAAUCACGCUGAGAGAGCUCAAAAGAAGCAAUUUGAUUUCGGCGAUGAAGCAUGUGGACGACGAGGAAGAUAUCAACAAAGUCUUGAGAUACUUUUCGUACGAACACUUUUAUGUCAUUUAUUGCAAGUUCUGGGAACUCGACUCCGACCACGAUUUCUUAUUAGGGAAGGAUGAUCUGAUUCGUUACGGCCAGCACGCGUUGACGUAUCGGAUAGUAGAACGAAUCUUUAGUCAAGUGGCGCGGAAGUUUACAAGUGGGGUGGAGGGGAAGAUGAACUAUGAAGAUUUCGUAUGGUUUAUAUUGUCAGAAGAGGACAAAACGACGGAGAGAAGUCUGGAGUACUGGUUUAAGUGCAUCGAUUUGGAUUGUGAUGGGAAGAUAACGGCGAAAGAAAUGCAUUAUUUCUAUCGAGAGCAGCUAGAUAGGAUGGAAUGCAUGACACAAGAGCCGGUUCUUUUCGAGGACGUGGUGUGUCAGAUGUCGGACAUGAUAAAGCCGGAGAAAGAUGGGGAGAUAACGUUAAGAGACUUGAAGAGGUGCAAGCUUUCUGGGAGUUUUUUUAAUAUUUUGUUUAAUUUGAAUAAAUUCGUCGCGUUCGAGACGAGAGAUCCGUUCUUGAUUCGCCAGGAGAGAGAGGACCCCACUCUCACAGAGUGGGAUAGAUUUGCGCGCGCGGAAUACGUUCGCUUGUCGAUGGAAGAUGAGGGUGAAGAUGGGUCCAAUGGAAAUGGGGAAGACUGGGAUGAAAACCUCGAGGCACCAUUUUAAUUAAUUAAUGAUCGUUUCCUAUUUGCUCUGCUUGUCUUUCCUUCCAUUUCUCGCUCCUCUCCUUAGUUUGUUAGUGUUUGUAGAUGCAAUAAUGGCGGGAAAACGAACUUUGGCGGGAAUAAUGGCGGGAGAAUAAAGUUUGGCGGGAAUA